CGCUGGCUCUGUUUCGUUUCGCGAAUGAAAAUGCCCAUUUUUUCCGGGAAAGAAAUGGUCGUCAGGCGGCUUGAUCUGUGGCUCGUGGGGGAGAGAUCGUGUAGUAGUUGCUUAGAUCCGAGGCAUUAGGGGCAUCGGCUGGUGGAAUGGAACCCCUCUUGCAUUCCGCGCCCAUCGCUUGUCUGUCCGUCCGUGUGUUUUCUCCAAGAGGGACUCGGAAUCACACACACUGCCUUGCUGUAGUUUAGUGCAGUACUUAGUGUUGGUGAUACUGUAUUAAUUAAAGUUGCUCCGGAUUCCCCCCCAAUAGAAAGGUUUCAGUUAUCAUUUCAAGACGCAAGGGGGUUUCUUUCACUUGCUCCAAUAGUCGAUCGCUGAGAAGCCUGAGAUAAUGUGUAGUAAAUUCCUUGUUCUUCAGUUGGUAGAAGAAUGAUUAUGGGUUUGGUGCUUGCACAAAUCUAGCAUGGUCCGGCAAUGUUCUACCUGUUCCCUUGUCAGGUUCUCAUGAGCAUGGAGGUGCUACACGAUACAACAGGGAAGAAGGAAGCGGCUGUGUACUAUAUGGAUGCCCCCUUACCAUAUGCAAUUGAAGAGAAUUUCGGGGGGUGCUUCUUUGAAGAUGAUGUUGAUCUUGCACAAGUUCUUCAAGAUCAGGAAAUAGUGUAUCAAUUAAUCCAAGGAAAUGAUGGUAGUGGUUCAUCUAGGUCACAUUCCGAUCCUAGUUCUAGUUGUGGCCAUCCACGGAAAUCGGGUGGGCGAAGUUUAACAAGAGGUGCAAAUUAUGAGUCACAGCUAGCUGUCGAUGAAGCUUUAGCUAGAGACUUGCAGGCGAUGGAGGACCAAAUCGCUAAGGCAGCAAUAGAAGAAAACAACAGAAAAGAAGGAAGAAAGCCUGCAGGUUUUUCAACAUCCAACAAUGGCAAUACUUCUGUGAGCAGAUCUUCUCAGGUAUUAACGGAGGAUGGAGUUGAUCCUGAUAAUAUGACUUAUGAGGAACUGCAACAAUUAGGGGAAACUAUUGGGACCCAUAGCAAAGGGUUGCCAGAAGAUGUGAUAGCUCUACUUAAGUCUUCAACUUACAAAAUUGGGAUAUUCUCGAGAAAGGAAAAACAUGAUGAAUGUGUGAUAUGCUGUAUGGCUUACAAGAACCGCGACAAGCUGACUACAUUGCCCUGUCAGCAUCAGUACCAUCGAACUUGUGUUGCGAAAUGGUUGAAGAUCAAUAAGGUAUGCCCCGUUUGCAACAAGGAGGUUUUCGGGUCGUGACAGCAAAGACCGUAGAUUCAUCUGACGGCCAAUGUCAACAUGCUUAAGAAACAUCGUCGCCUACGUAGUCCGCAAAAAAAGGGCAACACGAUGUACAUCAUAAGAUGAGCCGGGGCUUCUGUUGCAUCGAUCAUCAGCAGAAUAAAAUAGGUAGAUCCGUAGAUGCUCAUGUUGAGUUUAGCUGUUGUGUGACUUGGAGUUAUUGGGAUUUCCCACGGGUUUCAGACUUGUGUGUACUCGUGACCUAUUCCCUGAAAAGAAAAAAGUGCAGUGGUGACCGUUGGCAUGUUU